AUGUUUACUCCCGAUAAUAAUAUGAUUGGAUGCGGCGGCCCGCUAACCUUGGCCGUUGCCAUUUCCCAGAUCAAGGAGCGCCGUCGCAGCCCACGGACCGGCGCCACUGUCCUUAUCCCGCCGUGCACGCCAAUUCAACGCACCACACCCAGUGGUGACCUAUCGAACUCGGAUGCCAAUAUUUAUGCACCAAAGUAUCUGCUCAACGAGUUUAAGAACGGACACAAGACCGUUCGUGUGUACCGCGGCAUGGUGGUUAAGUUGUACAAGGGAGACGCUGAUGUAGCCUCUUGCGCUACGCACGAGCACCGGAUGGCAGUUCUGUUUGCAAACCAUCCGCACAUUAUGAAUGCUCGAGGUGACAUUGUGUUUAACCAGCCUCGAAAUCUUACGGUCCUUCGAUUUACCAACCACGGCUUUGAACUUAACGAUGCCAUCAAUCGCGGGAUGACGGUUGCGCAGAAGGUGUUGGUGGUAUCUCAAAUUGCGUCUGCAGUGCAAUUUAUGCACUCUAAGGGCUAUGUGCAUCGUGACAUUAAGAUGGAUAAUGUGUGCGUGAGUCGAACGACAACCGCAGCGACCAGUGGUGGGGCUAGGCUAAAUCAUGUAGUGGCUACUCUGGUGGAUCUUGAGACCUGUAUGGUGGCUGAUGAGAUCAACCCGCAUCACGCAGUGGGUACACGAGCGUAUUUCCACCCGAAAAUGAUGACCAAUGCGGCGCAAAAGCGAGCCCCGUACGCCGACCUUAGUGUGUAUGAAGUGGACGUGUGGGCCUUUGCCGUAAUGGUACUGGUCAUGUUUAGAGAACAACACGCCUGGUCUGUCCCCCAUGCGUCAAACCGCAACUACCAGAAGUUUCAGAGCUAUGUUUUCGAUACCCCCAGUGCGUGGGUCGAGGACUUGCGGAUUGUUCAGAGUGCCGGGCUGAACCGCAACGUUGUAGCGGAAAACAUGGUUUACACGGCUCUUCGUGUGUUGCGUACUUAUCACCAGUCUCCACCCACAGCACUCGAAAGUCGUGAGGGUCAUGACAAUAGUCCGGCCAGCAUUAUGGAGGCAUUUACGUGGCGCCCGUGA